AUGACGGACGAAAGCUUAGCACCUUUUCACCGGAAUCGAGGGAGAUUGCCUCGAAAACCGCGUCAGCAUGAAUCUUCCAGUAAAACCAAUCGACAGCUGGUCAAGAGGAAUCCGCCGUCGUCUUCUGGUGGGACCGACCUUCGAAUCUCUACACCCAACACUUUCACUCGAAAUGGAAGGCUCAAUGCUACCGCUACAUGUCAUUACGUCAUGCCUCCAGAAAGUGUUCCGGUCUCCUUAUCAUCCCAACGGAAUUCGAGCCCAGUGUUGAGUUACCCCGAGGGCAUGGCGUCAUUGAUGCAGACUUUGAGGAAUCCCUGCAUUUGUGAGUAUGCUUGGCACCAACCAAACCAGUGGCAAUUUGGUCUGCCUGACGGGCUUUCCGCGUCCGCUGAGCCCCUCGAAGCCCACUUUUCCGACGUUAAAUUGGCCAGCCAGCGGAUCAACUCUGUGCAUCAGAAAUCCGCCUUGUUGAAGAAUUCUCCGUUUGCGCCUCCGCGUCUUGGCCUGACAAUCUCAGGACGUCAAGCCGUUCAGCCAAUGUCUGGCACGACUCAAAGUCGUCAGUCAGGAUUGAGGGAAGAUGAGACGGCGACAGUACCUUGUGGCAGCGGUAUCCAUUCCAAGGCUGGCUCGCCAGACUCGGCACAAUUCACCACCUCCUCGAGCAACACUUCUACGUCAACCUCUUCACCAACCCCUUCUUCGUGCUCGGCCUAUCCUUCUCGGCGAAUAAAACGGGGAAACCAGUCCCAGAGCAAGAGGAGACAGAAGAAUGAGGAAGACGAAGAUGAGGAAGCCAUUGAAAAAGUGGUUGGAGUGAUUGAAUUGUUUACAUCGAAGGACAGCCUUCCCUCUCGUUUCAGGCAGCCUAAGGCGUUAAUAUUGUGGCCCGACGGCACGGCUGCUGGUUCGCCGGUACCAGCACGAUUCGACCGCCGAUUAACUCGGUUGCCGAGACAACCUGCUGGCCAAGACGAGUUAACUUGCGAGGCUUUUGAUCCGACAAUCAAGAAGGAGGCGGCGCUCGACAGGUCUGUUAACAGAAGAGCCCUUUCAUACAAAUGCUCUUAG